CAAGUACGCCAUAGACGGUGUAAAGGUAAAAUAUACUAUUCCGGUACAAACAAAACACCGAAAGUAUGCGAAUGACAGAAAUUGAAAAGAGGGGUGAUGGAAAAUUAUUGAGCUGCUGAGGAGAGACUUUGUAGAGGGGCAGGUAUGGAGAGAGGCAGAGAUGAGGUGCAACAAUGGAGGAAAAAAUACGAGGAUCUAGAGGCUUCACUUCACAGAUUUCGACAACAGGCUAGCACGAUUAAACAGUCUGUUGGCAAAGAGAUGAAGGACCUUGAGAGACGGAAGACAGAGGCUGAGCUGAGGGCAGACGCUGCUGAAGAAAAGCUUCGAGUAAUGGAACAGCAAUUGGCAGCAGUAAAUUGGAAACCGGAUGAUUUUGAGAAACAUAUACGAGACUUGGAACAACAGUGUAGAGACAAAGAUGCAAAUAUUCAGGAACUGCAGGCUCAUGUUGAAGAACAGAGACAGUUACGUCAGCACGAUGCUCGAAGUGUUGAGGAGAAAGCUGCCAAGAUUAAGGAAUGGGUGAUUGGCAAGCUGUCACAGCUGGAAAUUCAGAAUCAUGAACUCACUUUGAAAAAUGAAGUGCUGACAGAGCAGGUGGAUACCCUCAGACAGAGACUGCAUUCUCUACCUGUAAAGGAGCUAAACACAUACAUAGGGUCAGUCAGCAGGGUCAGUCAGCAGGCUAAACACAUACAUAGGGUCAGUCAGCAGGAGAGCACAGAUUCACCUCCUAUACCCAGUUCACUGACUGUAUCUCCAUGUGGCACCAUGACAACCAAGUCAAAAAGGUCACAGCCUCAUUCUCAAUCCAUCCUAUCGGAAUCAAUAAAAGAUUCAACAACUCAGGGAAUUAUGGGUGAUAUUAGUGAUAAAGAAGAUCUAGAUACCUUUGAUGACACAUCAAGACCAAUUUCACUGUUAUCUAGUUCUGUAUCAAACUCACGUCUAAAAGACCUUGGAUCAAGGCCAGUUUCGAAUUUAACAGGCUCACGGCCUGGAUCGGAAUUCACAACAAGCUCAAGACCAGAAUCUCAAUCCACGUAUUCUAAGCCUCAUAAAAGACCCUCUUCCUCGAUAAUAGAAGCGUUGGAAAUAGAAAAUGAGCUGUUUAAUUAUGGCCUUGACCAAGCUCGAAGAGAUUCAAUUGAGGAUAGAGAUAGUCCGGAAAUUGAUAUCGACUAUCAGGUUUCGGGAAAUGUUAGCGAUGACAGUAUGAACGAUAUAGAUUUCGACCCACAUUAUCAAGAAGUGGAUCAAAAUCAUGAAAGUACUUAUGAACCUAAGAAAAGUGGACCUCCUCAAAUUCGAAUAGAACGGAAAAUAUUCCAGGAGAGAAUGGAUUCUUUCGUUAGCUCUAGCAAUGACAGUGAAGAUAUGCUAGAGAGAACACAAAGAGUUCCAAUAUAUGCAACAAUUGACAAACCAACAAUGCCAGUGGAGCCAAUGAGCAGGAGUGUAGAGUUUGAGCCCACGGCACGCAGCUCAGGGUUUACUCGAUCACAAGAGAAUAUCAUUUCACCUAUACAUUCAUCACCUGUCACACUCACGCCAUGUUCACCUCGAUCACCGCUGUCACCUCUCACACCGCAACUGCCAGAUCUUGUCUCGACACCCACAAUGCAACAACGCCAUCAGCAUUUGUCGACAUCUAGCUCAAACACGGUCUCGGCAGUCGCUACAUUACCUCGGAGACCUCCACGAGAUAGGAGCAAACCUCCUCCAGUGCAUUUUGAUUUUGAAGAUUCUGUGAUAUCAAGACUAGACCGUCCAAGACAAGUUGACAGUCAGGUUGUUUCUGCCGAGGUUCAUAGUGCACCAGCCACUGUAAGCCGUCAGCAGUCUAAACCCCAGCCUCCACAGGCACCUCGGGGAAGGUUCAAUACAUGGGGUACAAAAGCUUACCAUACUAUACACAGAGACAGACGUAGAACAGAAAAUGCCUCAGCAAAAGACUUGUUUGGGAAUGAUACAGUUCCAGUAUAUGCUACAUUAAAGGGGAAAGCCAUGCAAAUUCGAAGUACUCCAUUUACUGAAGAGAGUGCGGAAUCAUCGGAAGAUGAUGGAACCAGUGAUGUAGAAGGGGCACCAGCAACUCCAAGAACCAUUGCUCGUCGACAGCAACAAGUGAACCAGAGCAGCUCUGGGGCUACAAAAAGAGGAAUGGGUGUAGGUCGUCAUUCUGUGUCGUCUGAGGUAUCAGGUGAUUAUGCAAACCCUCCUGACAAUGUUUCAUUGAGCAGUGACUCGGACACCUCGGAACCUGAGCAGAAACUGCUCAAAUAUGAAGAAAACAAACAUGACACCCUAGACAAAUGUGGAUACUUGUCCAAGUUGGGUGGUAAGGUAAAGACGUGGAAGAAGAGAUGGUUUGUACUCAGGGGCUCCGAACUCUUCUAUUACAAGUCUCAGCAUGAUAUGCUCAAGAAACCUCAGGGAUGUAUAAAGUUUGAUAUCCUACAUGAUAAGAGGACAUAUUACCUGUCAGCAGAUACUUACACAGAAACUGAUGAUGGGAUGCUUCAGAAAGUGUUAAAGAGGCAAGCUACAAGUUAUCUACUAGAUCAGGUGGAAACUAGAGCUGUAAUCAAAGGUUUUCUUACCAAGGUAAAGAAUGGAAUAACUAGGAAAUGCUGGUGUGUGUUACUUGGUGGAUAUUUUCUCUACUAUAGGUCACCAUCAAACAAGACACCUUUUGGUCAGAUAGACCUGCAGGGGGCGAGGCUUGAGGAGAUUGACACGCCCACAGAAUCGGAAGAAGAAUCCGAUGUUGCCAUGCCAACCAAACAUGUGAUAGCAAUAUGGCCGCCAUGCCAGGGACCUACCUACCUCAUUGUGCCUACAAAACAAGAAAAGGAGUCAUGGUUGUACCAUCUGACAGUAGCUGCAGGUGGAGGCACAGGAAAUGUUGGUACUCAGUUUGAACAGUUCAUAGCAAAACUCAUGCAAGUAGAAGGGGAUCCAAAUUGUGUGUACUGGAAAUAUCCAGUGUUAUUACAUUCCAAAGAACCUGUAUCCACACCUCUCACCACAUUGCCUUCUAAAUAUCUACAGAAACAUGCUGUACAAAUGUUCCAGACUGUGCACCAGUUUAUGUGUACCAUGAUAGAGUCUCAUUCCUUGGAAGUUCAUGUAUCAUUAGCCCAGUCUAUUUUACAUCAAUGCAUACAGCAACCACAGCUACAGAAUGAACUUUAUUGUCAACUGAUCAAACAAACUUCAAGACAUCCUGUACAGAACAGGUCUACUGUGCAGAACCUGUUUUUAUGUGGAAAACAUACCUGGUAUUUAUGCCAUACAUCACCGACCUCACCUAGCAACUCCGUACUUGAUCUAACAGCUGAGUCCAAGAUGAAUCCUCAGUCAUUUGUGAUAGUUCAAGGCUGGCAGUUGUUAGCAAUGUGCAUAUCAUUGUUCAUACCAAAACAAAGCAUUAUGUGGCUGUUAAAGAUGCAUCUGCAGAGAAAUGCUGAUCCUAGGACAGACAUAGGUAAAUAUGCAAUAUUCUGUCAGCGUGCCUUAGAGAGAAGCCAACAACAAGGUUUGCGGGAGGUGAAGCCGUCACGUAUGGAGGUGAUGUCAAUCUUGCUCAGACACCCGUAUCAUCACUCACAACCAAUAAGCAUACCAGUACACUUUCUGAACAAUAAUUAUCAGGUGAUAAGUUUUGAUGGUUCAACUACAAUCCAAGAGUUCUUACAGUCUAUCAACAAAUGUCUAGCUGUCCAGGACUGCACACAUUCCGGAUUUGCUCUUUUCUCUGACGAUCCACUCGAUCCAGACAUAGAAACUUGCUUACAAAACCAUAUCAAGAUAUGUGAUGUGAUCUCAAAGUGGGAGGAGUGUUUUCGAGAAUAUCAUGGCGGUAAAUUAGACACCAGUAGAACUAUCAGGCUUCUUUAUAAAAACAGAUUGUAUUACAAGAGUACUAGACAUUUUGAGACAGAUCGAGAGAAACUUUUACUUACCUACCAGAUCAAUGAUGAGAUAGUGAAUGGAAGAUUUCCUCUCAACAGAGAUCUUGCCUUGGAGCUGGCCUCCCUCAUGGCACAGAUAGAGUAUGGUGACCUGAAAUCAGGUGACUCAAGCCUGAACCAGCAAGUAAGCCAGAUCCUGGAGAGGUUCUAUCCCAGGAAGUACAGGGAGGCUGCCUCUAGUGAAGGAACCAGAGGUCUUCAGGAGAAGUUGAUAGAGCGUUGGACGUCACUCCGAGGUCGCACUCACCAAGAUUGUGUACGAGUGUACCUGGCUGUAGCCCAUAAAUGGCAGUUUUGUGGUGCAAAACUUUUCCUAACAAGGGAACGAGAAUCAACAUCUCCAGAUGAAAUAUGGUUGGCUAUCCAGGAGGAGGGAGUGGCUGUACUAGAGUAUUCAACCAUGCAACCAAUCGGCAUUUAUGACUACAGAUCGGUUGUGACAUUUGGUGGCUGGAAUGAGGACCUGAUGGUGGUUGUCAACAAGUUGAUAGAGUCUGCACCACAUCAUUAUGAACAUAGGACACAAAAACUCCUCUUUAUUUUACCAAAACAUAAGGUUUUAGAGGCUACCCAACUUAUAGCAAGCUAUAUCAAUGCACGUGUGAACAGACAGUCCCAGGAGCCUAAUGGUGGAGUAACUAUGUGAUAGCUGGUUAUAUCAGUGCACGAGUUUAAUGCAGUUUCAAAAUGGUGGUUCAGUGCACGAGAAUGGUAUGGUAAUAGUCUGGUAACAACAAUGCACAUUCUCUCAGACUAAAUACAACAAAAUAUGUGUUGCUCUGGAUACAAGGCUAGAAGAAUAACGUUACUGCACAAGUUUCUUAUGGUUCCAGGAUGGUACAUCAGUGAACACACUCUUGGUUGCAACUGUACAAGGAGUUGAUGGUACAGAAAAAGAUACAUUGAUGCACGAGAUACUGAUGGAAAUGGAGGAGUUUAGUGUGAUUUAAGAGUGGUCAUAUUUGUGCACACAAUUGUGAAGGUUUCACAAAAUGUGGAAGUGCACAUGGUCUAGAUGGUAAUGAGGCAAGAUAGUAUUACAUUAAUGCACAAGAUUCUGAUGGAGACAGACAAAUUAUAUUAUUGCACAAGUUCAACAUAGUUUCAUAAUGGUUAUAUCUUUGUACACAUUCAUGAUGGUUUCAGAAAGACUGUAAGUGCACAAGGGGUAGAUGGUAAUUAACAUGAUACAAAGAUACACAGUGUCCAUGUAUUGGCAGAAAUGUGUUACAUAAAUGUAUCAAGUUCAAGUGGCUCUUGACUUGGGACAAAGGUUCAGAACAUAGUCUGGAAAGUUCAGCAUCUGAUUGGUUGUUUCUGAGAUUUAUUUUAAAAUUGACCAGUGGGAAGGCUGCAUUCUGAGUCUGGAUUACAAACUCUUGUUACGUAACCUUAGACCCAGUCAUAUGAAUUCAGGAGCUCAUUGUCUAAACUCCAUGUGUUGACAGUAUUGAUACACUAAUGAGUGUUGUUCUUAUGGGUUUUUUUGUUUUGGUUUUUUUGUCUUGCAGAAGCGAAGACAUAGUCAUCCAAAUGACUGUUUGGUGUAUAUAUGUGCGCCUGUCCAUCCAGAUUUGUUUGUUCUGACCAUAAUUUUGAUAUGCAUGAAGCAAUCUUGUUUAUAUUUAGCAUGAAUGUUAACCUCAGUGAGACGGAGUGUCAUGUGCAAACCGCAGCUCCAAUUGCAAAGGUCAAGGUCACAGUUGGAGGUCAAAGGUCAUGUCAGAUCUUGUCCAGCCCAUAACUUUGACAUGCACUGAGGAAUCUUGUCUAUAUUUGGCACGAAUGUUUCACUCAAUGAGACAGAUUGUCAUGUGCAAACCCCAGGUUCCUUUCUCAAAGGUCAAGGUCAUAGUUAGGGGUCAAAGGGCGGGCUCCACUUGUUGCCCAUGGUCAUCUAGUUUAUAUGAAUGCAUGUGUUAAGGGUUUAACAGUAAUAGGAGUGUUGAAUCUCUACAGGUACAUAAGUUUUGUGUUGAUCUGUGAUAUUAUUUUCUGCAAUGGUAAUCGGGAAUAGAGGAGUCAUUAGGGUCAUUCUCUUUUGUUCAAGAAAACUGUUUUUAUAUCAAAACAGGAUUAAAGUUAUUAAAACCUGUCCAACAGAAAAAAAAAUAUUUUCAAGAAAAAGCAAGGCUAAAGAUAAUUAUUGUCUGGAAAAUUCUGGUAUCUGUUUUUCACAGAUAUUAUAAUAGGCUGAGAACCAGCUUUCAUACAGGAAUAGUUUCAGGACAAGUACAGUAACAGCUCUGUUUAGGCAUCAUUCAUGCAAUAGUGUGAUCCAUGUCAUUCAGAUGUUUGAUUUUGGUUAUAUGCCGAAACACUUCAUCACAAAUUAGUUUUUAUGUCAAAUUUUAUGAUAGCUUACCUAUGUUUACAAAACACCAUUUAAAGCAUUGGGGCUUGAAGAUAGCAUUGCACAUGUGCAACAUUUUCAAACUUGUUGAGGUACCAAAUGGUUUAGAAAGAAUUAUAUUAUUGCUGAUGACAUGAAUUAUAUUUAACUUCAUAGUAUUAAUUCCUUACAAUUAAGGGCUGUCAAUAUUUGCAAUAUUUUUGUUCUUUGUUCUGUUGAAUUAUCAAAAUAUAUAAAGACGGAAUUCAGUUUACAGGUAUAGGGAGUUGGCAUCUUUGCUUUUGUUGCUGUUAACUGUCCGCUUACUGUCCGUUGUUCGACAGGUCAAAUAUUACGGCAGCAUAGAAAUGUAUUAGUUACCUGCUUUCAUAUCAGAAAAAUAACUAUUAUUCAUCCUCAGAAGAUUAUGUCUGGUCUACUGUCUAGAGAAAAUCAUCACUUUUUAAGCCCAUAUGAAACAUGCAUUUUUGGUCACUAGGUGGUAAUGUUGAUAUUUUUGGAUAUGAUAGGAGCUGAAGUUAAUUUAGUAUGAGUUUCAACUUUGUAAAAAAGUUUAUAAGAAAAGCAUGAAUGAAAAAUAUGGAAUUUGUCCGGAAACUCAUUAAUAUUCAAUCGCAGCUAAUUUUCAUGAUAGCUUCUCUAUCAUUAAGGUAAAUCCAAGGGAGUGAUAAAAAGUUAUUUUAAUUGUAUGAAAUAAAAACCCACAAAGUCGUAUCCCUGUGAAAUAGUCAAAAUAAUGAAAUUUUAUACCCAUGAAUUUUAUGAUUUCACAGGAAUAUGGACAAAAUCCCCCUUCAUUUUUCUUUUAUUAAUAAUUUCCAAAUUUUCAUUUCAUUCUGUUUAAAAUAUUGAUAAGUUUUUUUUCUCAUAAAAAUUGUUGUUUUUAAUUGAUAUUCAUCUUAUGUUAUUAAUUUUAGAGUUUCAGUUCAACAAAAUAAAGGGGGAAUUUUGUCUGUCUGAUGGGAUUAUGUCCUAUGUUCUGUUUCACACUAUUCACUGUAUUGUUAAAAAUGUCAAAUAUGGUAGAUCUUUCAUAUGGUUUUGCUCUAUCUAAAUUUUUGGUGUGCUUCACAUUUGAUGUUUUCUUGUUGCUGUCGAAUAUUAAUCUUUCCACAAUGUCAAAGUUGAAUAGUUUUAUGGCUUCUACAGACAUUUCAUUAGUACAUUUAAGUAAAGAUUUCCUGGUAAUAGUAUUCUGUUAUCUGAUUGGUUGCCCUACUCCCUCCUGAACUUUAUGAACAUGUCUCUGUCUUUUUCCAUUCUAACCGAACUGACUGUUUUAUGUAAGUAACCUAUCACAUUCAUGUGUGAAAGAUGGGAGAAAGAUGUCACUCAUGUGUGGAAACAAGUGAGAAAACUGUCAAGGGUCUAAAAGUAUGCGUGGAAACUGCUUCAUGUACAAAAAAGCAUGGUAGAAAACUUAGAUGCUAAAGUAUUGGAAACUGUCAAAUACAUGUGUGAAGCAUGGGAGGAAACUGUCUGCUACAUGUAGAAAAAAGCAUGGUAGAAAACACAGAUGUGAAAGUAUCAGAAACUGUUAGCUAUAUGUAUGAAAGCAUGGGAGGGAACUGUCAGCUACAUAUGUGAAAGCAUGGGAGGAAACUAUCACAUGUGUGAAACUGUCAGCAAAAGUUGUGAAAGCAUGGGAGGAAACUAUCAGCUACAUAUGUGAAAGCAUGGGACAGAACUGUUGGCUAUAUAGCUACAUUUGUGAAAGUAUGUCAGCUGCAUGUGUGAAAGCAUGGGAGGAAACUAUCAGCUUCAUGUGUUAAAGCAUGGGAGGAAACUGUCUGCUACAUUUCUGAAAGUAUGGGAGGAUUUCAUGUGUGAAAGUAAUGGGAGGGAACUGUCAGCUUCAUGUGUGAAAGUAUUGGGAGGGAACUGUCAGCUACAUGCAUGAAAGGAUGGGAGGAAACUGUCAGCUUCAUGUGUGAAAGUAAUGGGAGGGAACUGUCAGCUAUAUAGCUACGUGUGUGAAAGUAUGGGAGGAAACUGUCAGCUACAUGCAUGAAAGUAUGGGAGGAAACUGUCAGCUUCAUGUGUGAAAGUAAUGGGAGGGAACUGUCAGCUAUAUAGCUGCAUGUGUGAAAGUAUGGGAGGAAACUGUCAGCUACAUGCAUGAAAGUAUGGGAGGAAACUGUCAGCUUCAUGUGUGAAAGUAAUGGGAGGGAACUGUCAGCUAUAUGGCUACAUGUGUGAAAGUAUGGGAGGAAACUGUCAGCUACAUAUAUUGGAGGAAACUGUCAGCUUCAUGUUUGAAAGUAAUGGUAGAGAACUGUCAGCUAUAUAGCUACAAGUGUGAAAGCAUUGGAGGAAACUAUCAGCUGUCAGCUUCAUGUUUGAAAGUAAUGGUAGGGAACUGUCAGCUAUAUAGCUACAUGUGUGAAAGUAUGGGAGGAAACUGUCAGCUACAUGUGUAAAAGUAUGGGAGGAAGCUGUCAGCUAUAUAGCUGCAUUUGUGAAAGCAUGGGAGGAAACUGUCAGCUACAUGUGUGGAAGUAUGGGAGGGAACUGUUGGCUAUAUAGCUACAUGUGUGAAAGCAUGGGAGGAAACUGUCAGCUAUGUGUGUGGAAGUAUUGGAGGAAAGUUUCAGCUACAUGUAAGAAAGUCUGGGAGGAAAGUGUCAGCUAUCUUUGUGAAAGCAUGGGAGGAAACUGUCAGCUACAUGAUAUGUAGACACGGACCACUUGACUUGAAAGACAUCUUGUUUCAUAACAGAGUCAAACUUUUCAUAUUUUAACCAGUGAAUAAGGUUCACUUGCCAAUAAAGACCACCUGACAAUAAUUACCACCUGCAGAUAAAAGACUACAUUAUAGCUCUCAUUACUGUGGUAUUCAGGAACAAGUUUGCAUGUAUUUCUUGGUCGGUGAUGUGAAUUGAUAAGUAGUGGGAAAAUGGUUUGCAAAAAAGCUCAGUUUUGUAAUUUAAGAUGAAUAUGUAGAAAAUAUUCUAAAGAGUUUUUUUUCCUUUGUUAGACACUGGGUGCAGAGUUCUAUGUGCAGCAGUGUUGCAGCAGAUGCCUACUUUCAGAGCAAGGCACCUGAAGCUAGUCUUGCAGCUUUGACCAUGUACCUGUGCUCUGUUGCUAAAUACACUGCAAGUAAGAAAGAGAGAAAAAUUAGUAAAAACUCAACAAAAAUUGGUGGAUACAGAGCCAAGUAAAAACAGUGAAAUAUGAAUAAUUUUGAACUUCAAGGUAACCCUUGGUCAAAGACAACCACAGAGUUGUCAUGGUUCUGGAGAACACUUCUUUUCUUUCAGAUGUGAACAUUACAGAAUAUUUUAAGGCAGUUUGACCUGUAACAACAUUCAGCAAUUUCAGUGCAAUUUUAUAUACUCAUCUGUUAUUUUGGCAGUCUUCAGCCAUAAAUGUGUCUAAUAUGAGCAGUGGUUUCAUGAACAUUUGGAGAAUUCCAAAAUCACACACAGAGAUACAUAAUAGAAUGGAAAUUACUAGUUUUCAUUAUGGGUCUGCUGUCUUAACUUUUAAAUAAAGACCGACACUUCCAGGCUUUUUUAUGGACAGGUUCAGCUGUUAUGAUACGGGAGGAGUGGUCUAGGGGUUAAGGUGUUGGCAGCUCAACCUGGAGGUUAUUGGUUUGAGCGGUACAGGGUCAUUAUCAUACCUUUACCAGUGCAGGUUUUUUCUGGAAACAGACUCCAGAGUAGUUCAAAAAAGCUUCAAGCUUUCAUGACAAUCCAAAAAAACAAAUUAGUACGAACUGACUGCUUUUAUGAAAUUAGAAAUUUAACCCUUACCCUGCUAAAUUGCCAUAAUGAACUUGUCCAUCUUUCAGUUUGGGCCGUACCAUUGACUAUUAAAAGGGGUGCUUACCAAAGAGAUACUGACUGAAUUGCGAACAGUGCAGGUCUUGAUCAGACUGCAUGGAUGUGCAGGCUGAUAAAGAUCUACAUUGGUCACAAAGGCAGAACCAAUCAUGGCCAGCAUGAUAAAGGUUAACUGUGUAUAGGACUGAAUCUUGAUUGGAAACUUGUGUCUUACCCUGUGAAGCAUGUUGAAUUUGUGCAGGUUUAGUUAUCGAAGCAAUUUUAGGGUGUUACAUACAUUGUGGGUUAAGUGCAUUAAAGCAAAUAUGAAAUUCUUGGAGAAAUAUUUGUUUUACUAUGUAUAUACCUUUUCAGAUAUUACAUGUAAAUGCUCAUUUUUAAAUACCUCAUAAUUAUAUAUAAUUACCAUGUCUCAUGUGAUUGCAUAACAAAUUUGCUGUUGUCUCAGUCAUUAACGAUAGAUUAAGAGAUUUUAUGUUACCCAUUUUUUUCAUGUUUUAUAACCGAAAUGGCAAGGUGAUAUUGCUCAGGGUUUCUUGGAAAAAUAAUUUGUUAUUUAGUAGUAGCCUGUAAGCUGUUAGUUAAGUUAUAUUUUUAUGAGCAACAUUUUCGUUUCAAUUUUUUGUCCCCAUUAAAUUCUGUUUUAUUGUAUGGAAUAGAUAAUUAGUAUUUUUGUAGUUACUAGACUUUAAUAUGGUGAUACAAAAUUACAUGCUUGGGAGACAAGUUGUAUAAAAAUAAUUAUGGCCCUUCAAGGUGAAAAAUUGUUUGGUUAUGUUUUACCAAAACAAGUCAAAGUUGUCUUGAGCAUUUAGGUCAAGGUCAUCUUGAGCACUGAGGUCAAGGGUUUUUUUUAGCACGGAGGUCAAGGUCAUAUUGAGUCUUACUGUAAUGUUGAUGUUAUUGUUGACUGGCCAGUGUUUUGUUACAGACCUAUUUUUAAAAAUGUAUGAAAAAAGCCAGCAGAGCUUUUUUGUGAUAAUAUAAUUUCAUAAAUUCAUUCAUUCAUGUAUUUUUCAAAAAUGUAAGGAAAUUUGAGAAUUUUUAUUAAAGACAGAUAGAUUUUUGUGGUAUUCCAUUCUGUUUUGUUGUGGUAGGAAGAUAAUACAUUAUGUUACAGAGAUCAGUAACAUGUGGUUUUCACAGUAAGUAUGACCCUUGUUUGAUGCUUUGAGCACAUAAUUGCACAAUUACUUUAAUGGGACAGAUGUCUUUUCAAUGAGGAACUUCAAAAGAAGGACAGCAUUAUUAAGACUGACUUAAUAGAUCUUUUUUUGUAAUUUCACAAAUGUUCCAACAUUUGGACGAAUCUGUGUAGUUAUCAGUUGAAAUUGUAUGUAAUGUUUCGAAGAUUAAAUUUUGGCUUUAAGCGUUAAAGAUAUUUUCUGUUUCAUAUCAUUGUUUAUUAUUAUACCAUGGGGAAAGUGAAAGUAGCCGAAAAGUUAGCAUUUAAAAGUGAUUAAUUUUAUUUUUUGACUAUUCAUGGACCAUAAAUUGCAUAGUUACCAAAUAUUUUCUUUUCAAUUUUCCAACAAAACAUAGAAUUUUUUUUUUUCUAUUUUCAGUACUGGUCUGAGAAAGGUGUUAGAUAUUAAAUGUAAAGAUUUUAAAGAACUGAUGCAUCCCAUUUUUAAGUCUCUGAAGCUCUUCAAGUUUUGAGCCACACCAUGAGAAAACCAACAUAGUGGCUUUGCGACCAGGUUGGAUCCAGACCAGCCUGUGCAGUCUGGUCAGGAUCCAUGCUGUUCGCUUUCAAAGCCUAUAGCAAUUAGAGAAACCGUUAGCAAACAGCAUGGAUCCUGACCAGACUGCGCAGGCUGGUCUGGAUCCAUGCUGGUCGCAAAGCCACUAUGUUGGUUUUCUCAUGGCGCGGCUCAUUUUAUCAUGUACCCACAAGCAUGGUCUCUAUGUCUUUUAGUUACAAAUGUUAGAAUACUUUUUUUCCCAAAACUUUUACUUGUGAUAUUGUAUAUUUUGAAUUCGUGCAAUAGAUAUACUGCAAACAAAGAAUCUCUUUUUUUCAGAACGUUUUUUUCUCGGCAGUUUUAUUUGUUAAAGCAUUGUUGCAAUUCAACAGCUAUUUUGUACUUUUUGUUUUUCUUAUUGCAUUUGUGUUAAUUAUUUCUUAAUUUCAAUCUUACUUUGAACUUGGUACAAGUUGUAGUGUUGUGUAUAAGAUGUAUUUUGAAUUUCGCAAUAGAUUUUGUUUCUUUCUUUUGUUUAGUUAUAAUUAUUCAAUAAACAGUUAAAUGAUGAA